AGGUUAGCAGAUGGCAGAUUGUGUGAGUAAGGUGGAAUUAAGCAUUUCAUGUGAAAAUCUACUGGAUAAAGAUGUUUUCUCUAAAUCUGAUCCACUGUGUGCACUUCUGCUAAAUACUGGUGGAAACCAAUGGGUUGAGAUUGGCCGCACAGAAAUGGUUAAGAACUGCCUUAGCCCAAAAUUUUCAAAGAAAUUUAUGAUAGAUUACUAUUUUGAACAAGUACAGAAACUGAAAUUUGGAGUUUACGAUAUUGAUAACGAAACUUUUGAUCUGGGCGAUGAUGAUUUCCUCGGAGAAUUUGAAUGUACUCUGGGCCAGAUCGUCUCCAGCAAGAAAUUGACCAGGCCGCUUGUGUUGCACAAUGGGAAGCCGGCAGGAAAAGGGACAAUCACGAUUUUUGCAGAAGAAGUAAAAGAUAACCGAGUGGUAAAUUUUGAAGUUCAAGCACGCAAAUUGGAUAAAAAGGAUUUUUGGGGAAAAUCAGACCCUUAUUUGGAAUUCUGCAAACAAACAGAAGAUGGAAAAUGGCAAAUGGUGCAUCGGACAGAGGUUAUUAAAAAAAAUUUGAACCCCACUUGGAAACCAUAUAAAAUUCCUUUGCAGUCACUUUGCAACAGUGACUUACAGAAACCAAUCAAGUCGGUGAUUUGCCAGAUGUAAUUCAUGGUUCCCGAUUAGACGUGGCUCACAAUGACCUUUCUCACUUUUGUCGUCUGCUCUUCACCUGACAAAUUAUACCACCGCGCUCUUCUGUCUGUCUUUCCACACAAUGGUACAAGAAAGUCCCAAAGUACUUGCCAUUGUCAAGAUUUCCAUUGUUCAUGCUGCUGGCACCAUUGUUAAAGCCCAGCUGCACCUAACAUCAAAUGCUGAUGGCUAAGAACCACGUCACGCACUGUUGUGUUCCACUGUUAUCACUGAAGACAUGAUCCAGAAAGGAAAAAUCGCAUCCUGCUUCUUGUAUCAUGCCCUGGAGGUGCUGUUGGGUGGUGAAGAGGAACGCUAUCCGUUAUUCAUGAGCCAGCCUUGAUCCAGAUAGAGGCCCAAGUCAGUGCUGUGUCCCAGGAUAGAAGGACCAUUCAGCAGAAAGGAAGUCAGUGAUCCUCUGUGCUCCACAAGGGAAAUAUUGGCCCACAGCAGGCAGAGGGGACCAAGACCAGCAAGUGAAUGCCAGAUUUUAGGCUCCUCUUUGCCUACAAGGAAAAAAAUCUUAGAAUUGACCAGAGAACAGCAGUAUUACUCGUGGGGGCAGGGAGGCCUCAAUGACCAACCUAUGCAUGGUACCCAGCAAACUUCCACCACGAAGAGGCAGUACUGAAGAUUCUCAGCUCCACUUCCAUCUCUGAGAAGGAAUCCACAAAACCUUAAGAAAUGUACCAGAAUGGCUUUUCCCUGCAUUGUCCUGUCCCCUUGAUGGAUGCUCUAUCUGGAUUAGGCUCAGAAGCAGCCUGGUCCACACGUUGUCUCCACAUUCAGUCGAAGAAGCGAAGUCCCAUGUCUCUGGCACUCGGGCUACCAGAGACCAGGCAGAAGAUGAUCCCAGAGUCUUGGCCAUUAAUGACUUGUCAAAAUACAGCAGGCGGGUUUGUCAGAGGCAGAAGAUUGUAGCGUGGUGGAGUCUACCAACAUUAUCAAUACAGUGCUGGCUCUGGAGUGGCAAUAUCAGUGGCAUUGAGAGAACAGGACAAGGGACCUUGAUCUUACUCAAGGUGGCCAUUCCUUUUGGGUGAGAUGGUGGUAUUAGCAAACACUCAUAGGGAGGAGGAACUACACACAGGCCACUCCCUAUUCCCCUCACACUAGGGUAGUUUCAAUCCACUUCUAUGAUCUGUGAAGUCCUGCCUUUCCACAAACAAAAUUUCUCCCAAUCAACCCAGUGCGAUGAACUCCAUCCUUGAACUUGCCUGCUCUCCCUAGGAUUCCAUUGACUGCCCCUUAUCCAGCCCCUGACCAUUAUUGCCUAACGCCCCACGACUGACUCUGGCCCAUUCUCUGGACUAAUACCUCCAUAACACCCGAACUGGUUUCACUUGACCUGCAGGACAGACCAUGGCCCAAUCUCCAGGCUGCAGUACCUCGGAUCACCUAACUCAGUGUGGCCAUAUGCUAGAUUGGAAUAUUCUUUGACUGACUGACUGACUGAUGGUAAUCUCCCUUCCCUGCCACCCACUAAGAACUGCUCAUUUCUGACUUUCAGACAUUUUGCUGGAAGCAAGUGUUUUUGCUACCAUGUAAGUUGCACAUGCCACAAGUGUGACGCUUUUGUAGACUGACAUUUGCUGUUUAGCAUUCCUACGCUCACACACACACACCUCACUUACCUCUCCUUCUGUGCCAAAUAGCAAUAUGGCGGCUGUAACUAACCAAUAACGAGCCUGUGCAGUAAGGAAGGAACAGUAUUAAAUGUGCAGAGGCUGGCAGCCUGCAAAAUGAGGGCAAAGUGGAGUGAGCAUUAAGAAAACAAGCUUACGCAUAUCUUUAGGAUGGUGAAGCCAAUGGCUGGUGGUUGGCUGAUGCCAGCUUGCAUGGAUGAAGAGUCUAUGAGGAUGUUGAACAUGGAACAUGAAGAAAUAUUGUGCUGAAGACACAGUUGGAUGAUGACUGGGAUAAGCAAUUUGU